AUCCACCCGCGACUCGAAUCUCACCUCCUCAAAGCCCUCUCCUCUCCGUCUACUAUCACCAACACAGACACCGGCACACCAACAAACAUCCCCUCAAAAUCCAACGCCCAACUCUCCUCUCGCGUCUCCCUCCUCGCAACAUCCAUCGACACCACACUCCUCCGUCUCCAGCUCCUUCGAGCUUGUUUCGAGGAGUCAUUAUAUAGUUUCUCUGCUCCGCCCUCCAAGUCCAAGUCUGGUCCGGUACCAAAAGGGACACAUACGAGGGGAACAGGACAAAGUCGGACGUUCGCCGAAGCUCUGCAAUCUUCCUCACAAAAACUAUCGGAGGAAGAAUCUCGACUUGCGGCUGAAGAGGAGGAACUAGACCGGAAGUUGGCAGAGUACGAAGCUCUACUGGAUAUCGUUGACCGCGACCGUGGCGUGGGUAAAGAGAGGAAGAGAACUGUCAGCAACCGUGACGAUGGGAGAAGACGAGAGAAUAAUACGUUUGGGCAGGUGGUCGACGAUUGGGCGAGGGUGAAGAAGGAGACGGAGGAGUGUGUGAGGGAUUUGAGGAGGUUGGGGUGGGCGGAGGGGUGAAAAUACCUUUGAAUGUGUCAGGGACUUGAGGAGGUUGGGUUGGGCGAAGGGGUGAGAUUACCAUUACAAGCGAGUGUACGAUUCAAGACAAGGGUUGUCGUUGUGUAAGGAGAUUGGCGCCACAGUGGCGUGAGUUCACUCUUGCCUCGCUUUCCUCGCUUUCUUGACUUGUCCUGAGUGGCGUCUGAAUGCUUGGGUCACAUAUGUCCCAGCCAUCUCUUCACUCCAUAUUGUGAUGCGCAGUAUACAAUAAAAACGAUUGCUAGCAGGUCUUGGUAACGAGGGCUGGUAGGUUUUGGUGCAGUGAGCAUUCUAAUGGCGCCACCGUGGUGCCAC